CUGGACAGUGUAACUCAAACGUGUUAAGUCAUUCAUUUUACUAAAUUAAUCGUCUCAAGGUCUCCUGAUGAGGACUGUGGUUUUGCUUUGAGACUAAAAUGACUAGGUGAGAAAAACCAAAGUGCCUUCACUUGCCUUUAACGCAGCAUCAAGCCCUUAAAAAACCUGAAAAACAACAUUGCUUAGAGUUACAUCACUUAAGUUGAUAAUGAACAGACUUUUGGGGGUGGUCAAAAAAAGAGAUAAAAUGAAGGGGGUGGAGAUUUUAGGAAACAGAGGUGGAGGGCAGAUUAGUAAAACCUGAAGCAGCAGCUACAAGGUGAUCAUACAGGAAAAAACUCCUUCAACCACAACAGGGAUCGAACUUUUUUCUCUUUUUCUUGUCAGUUUCAACAUAGCAGCCAUGUCUGAGUAUGAGCUGGAGGUGACAACAGGUGACAUGAAAUAUGCAGGAACAUUUGAUAACGUUUUUGUCACCUUAAUUGGAACUGAAGGGCAGAGUGAGAGAAGCAAGCUAGACAACUAUGGUAUUGACUUUAAGGCUGGAAAGGUAAGUGAAACACGGGGAAACUCUGACUCAAAGAAAAAUGAAAAUGGUUGAGUGGUGCAUAAACAUGUAUUUUGUCAGGGUAUAUAUGCCUCUUUUAAUGUCUCAUUAGAAUGCAUUGCAUUACAUUUUCCUUCAUUUUCCUUUCUUGAUUAUACCUGGCAUAUAGCAUUAAGAUGAGAAGAUUUAGAGCACAACUGAUAUUUUAUAUCUCAGUUUAUUGCUGUGAGGCCCUGAAAGAAAACCCUGAGUUUGCUCAACCACAAAUAUGAGUUCAAUCUUUUGGUUUGCUCUCUUCAGAAACACUUUUCAUCACAGCAAUGCCACAAUUGUAGGAAAUGAGACAAAAAUCCAGGAAAGAAUUAAUGCACAUAAGUCAGACUGUUCACUCUGAAAUUUGCAUGACUUCUUUCCCACUUUUCGAAAGAUUUACAUCACCUGUGAAGACACUCAACCAUCAUAUUUACAUACUGCUUUUCUAGUUGUAUUUGCAAGUUUAAUUGCAGGUCUUUGCAGCAUAACCUGCUUGAGUUUUUCAGACAUUAACACUUUAAUAACACAUACUGUAUACCUUUGAAUAUGGCACUGUUUGGUUCCAAUUUGCCCAAAUUACAGUCUAUAAUUACAGCCUAGAAACAGUUUCAUUGCAUGUCAAAUGUACCUUUUAAAAUUUAUGUCAACCUAUUUUUUUCAAAGGUAGGGACCUACACCCUGAAAACCAAUUUGUCUCUGGGGACACUCCUGCUGAUCAAGGUGGAGAAAGACCCUCUUUUAGUUCUCCCAGAGAGCGAGUGGUUCUGCACCAAAAUAGUGGUGACGACUCCCGAAGGGGAUGUCCUUCUUUUCCCCUGUCACAGAUGGAUCUCCAGGGGGGAAAUGGUGGAGCUGAGAGGGGGGAGAGGUCUGCUUCAGAUCUCUUUCUAGACUCAUAGUUUUCUUACAAGACUUGAUUUUUCUCAUUUCCACACAUUUUGACAAACUUUGUUUUAAAUUCCAUAUCCUUUCUUUCAUGUAAUUCCUAAGCAAUGAAGGCUUUUGAAGAUGAUCAUCCCCUGCUAAUUGAACAGCGCAAAAAAGAGCUGAUGUUCAAAAAGAGCAUCUACCAGUAAGUAUUGAUGAAUAUGAUCUCAGGCUCUUCUGUGUGCUUUUCUUUCAACUUUAUUCACCUACUUGUGUUUCAGAUGGAAGAUCCUGGCUAAAGGACUGUCCCACAUCAAUAAUUUCAACAGUCCAUCAGAGCUUCCAGCUGAGGUCCGCUUUUCAGAGUCCAAAUCAACUGAAGUAGCCAACACACAAACUCUAACGUGAGUGUAAAGAGAUGUACACAGUACACUUAGUAGAGGCUCAAGAGCCAUAAUAUUUGAGGCAAAGAGUAGAUUUUUUUUUCUCCUGUUCAUUUUGUCUGCCUUCAGGGGUCUUGAACUCAAGUUCAAAGGGCUACUUGGAUCAAAUGAAAAAUGGGAAAAACUUGACGACAUGAAACGGAUCUUCUGGUUUAAAAAGACAGCAAUGUCAGGUAUUUCCUUUUUUCAGUUUUCCUGUUCUGCAGCAUUACUCACCACAACAAUAAGAUCUUUACCCUGCGUCAUAGAAAACUAUGAACAAGUUAUCAUUUCAAAGCAGCAGCGAAUGCCCCCGUACCUCCAAUCUCCCCUCAAAACAGGUUUUUCAAGAUCUUUGAUGAGUUAUUUCAAAGGCCAGUCAGGAGUUGGCAGAUUCACAACAAGGAACAGCUCACACUAGCUGAGGUUUCUAGAGAACUUUGAGGGUUAGAGUCAGUUCAGUUUUGAUAACAGUAUUCCUGUAGAGGCAUACUGUUAGAGCCCAUAGAGCCCAUCCGAUUUGGGCUUAUCUCACGGAUGCACCACUGAGCACAGCCAACUGGGGCGGGUGAGUCAAGGUCUCACCCAAGGACACCCUGGCAUCCCAACAGCAACCUGGACUGAACCCCCAACUGCCAAUUUGGGAGACAACCGACUCUACUACUGGGCCAGUGAGCAGCAAAAGAGACCAAAGGAUGAUCUUUUUUUUUUUUUAAUUAUGGAAAACAACACACAACAUUUUUCUUGCUGCCAUCCUACUUUUUUUUUAUUUUAGGAUGAUCCAAACCAAAAAUAGCUUAUUAUUAUCUAGAUUUUCAUUUUUGGUGUUAUUGUUACAUUUUAUUCAAAGUUUAUUUAAGUAUGUUCACAAAGAGUGUAACAGUUAGACCAUGAUUGUGGAGCUCUAACCUUGUGCCUUAGUAUCUUUUCUGGGUUCUACAUUAUUUUUAUGCGGCAACAACAAAUAAACCAAUAUUACCUUUCUUCUAUCAACAUCAAGGUUUCACUGAAAUCAAAAGCAUGUACUCAAUAUUUCAUAUAUAUAAGUUCCUCUUCCUUUAGAGUAUGUUGCAGAACACUGGAAGGAAGACGACUUCUUUGGAUCCCAGUUCCUGAAUGGCGUCAAUCCCAAUGUGAUCAAGAGGUGCUUUGAGCUUCCUUCAAACUUCCCUGUGACAGAUGAGAUGGUGGCACCAUUUCUGGAGGAGGGCAGCUCUCUGCAGCAGGAGAUAAAGGUCUGAAUUCUUUUCCUUAGCUUUGUUACCAUUCGAGGCUACCUUCCUUGACAAUCUUCUGUUGUUAGGGCCCGAGCCAGCUGCAGAGCAGCCGGGCGUAGGCCCUAUUAUUCCCCAAGUGGUUUUUCUUUGUUUCUUUCUUUCUUUCUUUCUUUCUUUCUUCUUUUUCCUCCCCUUUGAACUGGAAAAUGGCCCACUUCCCACUGGCGAAAACUCAUGAAAUUUGGCAGGACGACCGGGCCUGGUGAAAAAUUCGAUAUUCUGAAGUCGCCCAAACAAUAAAAUGCAAAAUGGCUCCAUAGCGCCCCCUAAGGUGGAAAUUCACACUAUUGACUGUCACGCCUGUACGCUUUGUCAUAUUGACACAAAAAUUAACACACAUAUGUAUCUCAAUAAGAUCUACAAAAAAGUCAGUGCGGCCGUAUCUGUCAAAAUUACGGUUAAAGGGUUAUUUCGCAUUUUUUGCCGAUCCGCACACAUUGGAAUUUCGCUAACUCCUCCGAAGGCUUUCGUUCCACCGGCACCACAUUUGCUCAGGCCAAUCUACACCCCGUGGCCAUUAAAAGUUAUCAAAAUCAUGACGCUGCACCCCAAGGUUUAGGUUCUAGGGGGCGCCAAAGAUAACACUAAAAUCCACAUAUUUAAAAGUCUUAUAACUUUUUAUUUUUGUCCUCACUGGCCUCCAAGUUUUCUAGGAUGAUGCAAUGUCCAGCCAUCAACACAUUUGUGAAGGAAUUUUUACUCCCCAAAAGAGCGCCCCCCCAUGGCAGGAGAAAAAAGUCCAUUUUUUCUUGUCCCCUAAGGUGAAAAUACACAUUGUUGAGUGUCACGCCUAUACGCUUUGUCAAAAUGACACAAAAAUUGACACACACAUGUAACUCAAUAAGAUCUACGAAAAAGUCAAUGCGCGCGUAUCUGUCAAAUGUACGGUUAAAGGGUUAUUCCGCAUUUUUUGCCGAUCCGCACACAUUGGAAUUUCGCUAACUCCUCCUAAGGCUUUCUUUCCACCGGCACCACAUUUGCUCAGGCCAAUCUACACCCCAUGGCCAUUAAAAGUUAUCAAAAUCAUGACGCUGCACCCCACGGUUUAGGUUCUAGGGGGCGCCAAAGAUAACCCUAAAAUCCACAUAUUUAAAAGUCAUAACUUUUUAUUUUUGUCCUCACUGGCCUCCAAGUUUUCUAGGAUGAUGCAAUGUUCAGCCAUCAACACAUUUGUGAAGGAAUUUUUACUCCCCAAAAGAGCGUCCCCCCCCCCCAUGGCAGGAGAAAAAAGUCCAUUUUUUCUUGUCCCUUAAGGUGAAAAUACAUAUUGUUGAGAUUCACGCCUAUACGCUUUGUCAUAUUGACACAAAAUUUGACAAUCACGUGCCUUGCCUGGUAUCAUUUUUUUCAGCACAACCUCACCUGUGCGAAUUUACAGUUAUUUUAUCAUGUUGACAUACUGAAUUUACACAAUGGACCCAAAUUCACACACAAAACAUAAAAUCCGAGUGGAAAAAAGUAACAUUUUUACUGUGAAAACCACAAAUAUGUGUGAUGAACUGUUUUUAAAACUUAAACUUCAAAUAAAAAUUGUAAACUUCAAAACAUAUGCAAAUUUUUAACAAAGAACAUAGUGAUUUACCUCUAUUUACAUCAAAAUGCAGGCAAUGGCCCAGGCGUUCUUUGUAAAAUUAUUUACAAAACACUGUAUAGUCUCACAAAUGUCACUUUUUAUUUAUGCCACUACAAAAAAACAUGAUGUAAAUGAUGCAUGAUGUAAAACAUGAUGUAAAAAACUUGUGUAGAUCCUCCUCUAUGUCAGUCCAUGUGUAAUUUUUCCACAAUUCUUUGUUUUUUGCAGCAUUUUUGUUAGUGUAACUGCAGAUUGUGCUGACAGUGUCUAUGGCACAAAAAAAAAAAAAAUUAAAAUGCCUCAACAUGAACCCCUGGUGGUCUCUGAGGGUGAAACCUGCUAACUGCUGCAGCUCUGUCAGCUUCAGUCUCCCAUGCAGAGCUCUGAGCGCAUGUGUGGCUCUGCACCCUUAGCAGCGUUGCUAACUCCUCAGUAAGGAAAGCCUGCUUCAUGUCAGAGUCUCUAAACUCCAGAAGAAGUAGAUAAAAGUCCCUUUCUUUCUAAAAAAAAGUCGUUAGGGGGUCUGAAAAGUCAUUGAAUCUAACAACAAAGUCGCUAGGUUUGCAACUACGUGUCCCAGACUGCAUCCCUGCUGAGAGUCCCUCCCUCCCUUCUCAUGUUGCAGGAAGAACGUAAGCACCCGCCCCUUGUCAAUCAGUCACCAUAUAAUUUUGGAUUGGUUGUUGUGGUGAAGUUUUCCACCAAUAGGAGAGAUGUUGUGGUGUGUUUUUUUUUUCUUUUGGCAAGCCUUUUCCGCCUGUAAGACCUGUCGCUAAUGUCUGCAUGCUAUGUUUUCCUGUCUCAUACAGCGCGAUCGAGCGCCGAACGUGAUCAAAAUAAGCAGAAAAAAAGUAUCGCGGACAUAAUUUAUCAUAACUCUGGUUUUAUUUGGCCUAUCAACACAAUUUAAAAACUGGUAUAUAGGUUGAGGUCCUCACUUUUGAGAUAAAUUGAAACGGAGAGUCAACGAGGCUCCGUCUUGCAGCUACAUCCGGUUAAAUAUGUCAUGUGACUUGAACGCACACACAGACACACACGCACGCACACACACACACACACACACACACACACACACACACACACACACACACACACUCAGAGUCUGGUUUUUAGCACCUGCAAAAACAUGCUAUUUACAUAUUUGACAAGAAUGCAGAGGCUCCUUUUGCCCCUGAAAAAAAUCAAAUUUCAAACACAAUUUGACUGGUCAUUUCUCCAAAAGACAACCAUGAAGCUCCAUCCAAACCUGAAGCAGGCAGUUGGUGCAUGUGUACAGUAACCUGAGGGGAGUGAGGUGAGUGCUUCUGAGGAGAACAUGAGCAGUGAAGAUUCACCUUGGAGCUAGAACAGAGACAUGCACAUGAUUAUACAGGGGCAGGGGCUCAAGUUUUUUCCAGUCGUUUAUACAAUAUGGAAAUUAAUGUGAAAUUAAAACACAAAGUAUUAAUAGAAAGGUAAUGACUGUCCUGUGUAGGUGACAGUGAUAUCCAAUAGGCUAGGCACUCACGAGGCUGGCUGUGGCAAGUGUAAGUGAAAGCAACACGCACUGGCAGGAAGAACAGCAAACGCCGAUGAAGGAAAAGGGUCUUUGCAGUGAUGGGCGUUACCAGAGAGGGCGAUGGCCAGAGGACACAAAUGGGACGGGGAGGCAGCACGUUGGGGGGGGGGGACGCGACACGGCUCGGGCCCGCCAGUGCCCCAACGGGGUCCUAGUUGUUUUUUUUCUUGUCUUUGCUGUAGAAAGGCAAAAUAUUCCUUUAUGACCAGAAGAUAUUGGAUGGAAUACCAACUAGAGUCUACAAUGGUGACAGUCUUCAAGUCUCAGCAGGUCUCUGUUUGCUGUACUUGAACCCUGAAGACAAACUGAUGCCGAUUGCAAUACAGGUAUGUGUCCAACACAGCAAAUCAUUGAUUGCAGGCAUAUUAAAAAGAUUCUGGUCUAAUAAAUUUCCAUGCUAAAUUUGUACAGAGACAAAAUCCUAUUCCUCUGUUUUACAUGAAAUUUCAGUGUUUUACAUCUUCAUAUUUCAGCUACAACAAAAGCCGUCUGACCAGAACCCAAUCUUCCUGCCCAGUGACUCGCAGGCGGACUGGCUACUUGCAAAAAUAUUUAUCAGAAAUGCAGACGCAAUUGAUCAUCAAGCAGUCCAACACCUCAUGAAGACUCACUUUAUGGUGGAAGUCUACACUGUGGCCACUCUGCGCUGCUUUCCAGUCAUUCAUCCCAUCUAUAAGGUAGAAUAACACAGAAUGAUUCAAGCCUCAGUUUCCUUUGAUUGUACAUUUAUUCUUCCACCCUAAACUGAUGCUGUGAUAUAAAAUGAUUAAUUUUAAAGAUAUUUUGGGGUAUUUCAUAUCUUCAUCAUUCAGUCAAUAUAGUCAAUCAAGUCAAUAAAUUGAGGAGGAAGUGAUGAGGAACAGCUUUGAUAUGAUUAAAGCUUAACUUACCUUCACCCUCCAGAAACACUUUUAUAUAGAGGUGCUGGAGCACAGUCAUGCAGUGUAUCUACAGUUGUAUGUAUUUAAGCUCUUUACAAAUUUUGAUGUCCCUGUUUUUUUUCACUGGUUGGCUGUUAUUCAGUUUCAUAGAUCAGGAUUGGCAGCCUGUAUUUUGCUGAAAAGGCCAUUAUAGUUGUAUGUAUAUUUUUGUUAUUUUACCGUUGUCUUUACAGCUGCUGCUGCCACACUUCCGAUACACUCUCCACAUAAACACUGGAGGGCGAACAAAUCUCUUUGGACCUGAAGGGCCUUUAAGUAUAGUAAGGUUACUCAACACCUUGAGCACUCAGAAUACUACGUACUCUUGCCACUACUACUGCUAUAUACUACUACUACUUUAUCAUUGCCAUAUGUUCUAGCCUCUCAUUUUGAAAAAAAAAACAGUUGUUUGGUACUUUGUAAUGUCUCAUUUUAUAUACUUCUGCAUUUUCUAUCUCCAGAGUUCACCUGGAUAUGAUGGUCUGAUAGUGUUCAUGAAAAAGGCUCUGUCUGAGCUGACCUACAACUCUCUCUGUCUGCCAUACAACAUCACUGCCCGAGGACUGGACUCCAUCCCCAACUUCUACUACAGAGAUGAUGGCAUAAAGCUGUGGAACAUCAUCAACAGGUUAACUCUGAAGGAAUUGUACAAUUUCAUUGUUUCUGUAUUUUUUGAUCACAAAUGAAAACAUACUUUUAAAGUCUUAUUUCAUUGUUUCGUAUCUACCAGCUUCGUGAGUGCAGUGGUCAAUCACUUUUACCCUUUAGACAUUGAGGUCCAAAAGGACACAGAGCUGCAGGAAUGGAUCAGUGAAAUAUUCACACACGGCGUCCUGGGGAAAAAAGCCUCAGGUGUUUACACUUGUCUAAAAUAAUGCAUAAGCACAGCCUGUAUGCAGAAUGUAGAACAUUGAUAAAUAUUGUUUAUUUUCUGAACUGCUGUUACUGUUGACAGGAUUUCCAUCACACUUUAAUACUGUUGAUGAAGUGAUCAAGUUCAUCACCACUGUGAUCUUCACAGCAACAGCUCAGCAUGCAGCGGUUAACAAUGGACAGGUAAGGAAAUAGUUACAGUUUCAAGGCUUCAGAUUAAUGACACAGAUCCCCAAUCUGCUUUAAAUGUCAAAAUAGUUUUAAUACCCUUCUAGCAAGGAUGUAGUUCGGCUUUACGCAGCUGCAACUUUGCAUAUAUAUAAAAAUGUAUCCUCAAAGCUAAAGAGAUUUAUAUUAAAAAUGUCUUUGAAAAAUACAGUACGACUACAAUUCCUGGAUGCCCAAUGGCUCACUCCUGCUCCUCAAACCUCCGCCAACCACUAAGGGGCAGUCAACGAUGGAGACCAUUCUGGAGACCCUUCCAGAUGUUGGAGAGACUGCCAUCUUUGCAGCAAUACUUUGGCUGCUUUCGGACAAAUACACUGACGAGGUAAGACAGAAUCUGUCCCACCCACAUUUUUGAACCUGUAUUACAGAUUGUAGCCUCUGCAGACUGAAAUAUUGUCCCUUUUUUAAAAUUGUUUUCGCAGGUUCCCUUGGGUGCAUACCCUACAGAGCGAUUCGAUGAGCCUGCUGUUCAACUAAUGAUUAAAGAAUUUCAGGCGGAGUUGUCCUACCUCAGUGAGGAAAUCAAAGCAAGAAAUUCAAAGCUUGAAAUACCUUACAAUUAUCUGAACCCAAGCGAGAUAGAGAACAGUAUUACUAUUUAAAAAAGACAGUCUGUGUUAGGUUUCCCUACAGCUCCCACCAGCUUUGUCAUGUAUUGAUGUUACAUUUUAAAAUUUGUAUGAUUUAACUGCUGGAGACUGUAGGUGAAGUGUUGCAUGCAGACUAGAUAGACCA